AUGUGUUGCUCCGGGAGCGAGACUGAGGAGCGUCCGAUUCGCACCGAAUACCCGGUGUCAAACUGCGCCAGAUCCCCGACUAUGAGCACUUCCUCAGCUGCGGAACCUCUCACCGAAAUGCCCUCCCCGUCUCGCACCUCUGCCCUUCUCGCCAAUCUCUCCUCGGUAACCUCCCGCAUCUCUGCCGCCACCACUGGCAAUCCAGUUCGUCUUGUUGCUGUCUCCAAACUCAAGCCCGCGUCUGAUAUCCUCGCUCUUCAUAGUCCACCAACCUCCCACAUCCAUUUUGGUGAAAACUAUCUCCAGGAGCUCCUCGAAAAAUCAAAAAUCCUCCCGCCUGAAAUCAGGUGGCAUUUCAUCGGUGGUUUACAAUCCAACAAAUGCGUCACCCUAGCCAGAGACGUGAGGGGCCUUUGGGCCGUCGAGAGCGUAGAUACACAAAAGAAGGCGUCUCUAUUGGAUAAAGGGUGGGGAGAGAGAUCCAACAGCCAGGAGGGCCAGCAACAGGAACCAUUGCGUGUCUUUGUGCAAGUGAACACUUCCGGGGAAGAGAGUAAAUCCGGCGUCGAGCCGUCGAAUGCAGUGGAGCUGUGCCGGUUCAUCCAAGAGAAGUGCCCGCGGCUGAAACUGCAGGGCUUAAUGACCAUUGGAGCCAUUGCUCGUUCGAAGGCCACCACUCCAGAGACACAAAAUGAGGAUUUUGUGUGUCUGAGAGAGACCAGGGAUAAUGUUUGCCAGGAGCUGGGAUGGGAGGGAGAGGACAAACUGGAGCUGAGCAUGGGUAUGAGCGAGGAUUUCGAAGGGGCUAUUGCCAUGGGUAGCAAUGAGGUUAGAGUGGGAAGCACAAUAUUCGGGGCGCGUCCACCAAAAGGCGAAGCCAAAGUGACCUCCUGA